AUGCCCGCUGUCAGAGUGGCCUGUGAUGAGGUCAGCUUGAACACAGGCAUCAGUGCUUGCACAGCAGGUUCACAAUGGCAGCUGGCCGUGCAACUGCUGUCAGAAAUUCCGGCAUCCACGCUUUUGCCUGACCAAAUAAGCUUCAAUGCAGGCAUCAGUGCCUGUGGAAGAUGUGGAGAAUGGCUGACUGCCCUUCAUCUUCUGUCUGAAAUGCGGAUAUCUAGACUAACACCUGACGACUUCUCACUGAAUUCCUGUAUAACUGCCUGUGGGAACGGAGGGCAGUGGGAGAGAGCUGUGCAUCUGCUGGCGCAAAUGCCGAUCGCCAGCAUUGUACCCGACCAGAUCAGUUUUAGUGCCGGGAUCAGUGCGUGUGAGGCAGGAGGAGCCUGGGAGCUCUCGUUGUCUCUGUUGGCCGCCAUGGGGGACGCCAGAAGUUCACCCAACGAGUUCAGCUACAAUGCAGGCAUAAGCGCAUGUGGACGUGCUGCGCAGUGGCUGGCUGCAAUUCACCUAUUGCUGGAGAUGUCUACAGUCAGAGUGGUUCCCGACAGAAUCACUUGGAACGCCUGCAUCAGCGCAUCUGAGAAGGGUGGGGAGUGGGACAUGGCAGUCCAUUUGCUUUCUCAGCUGUGCAGUGGCCACCUUGCCGUCGAUGAGAUCAGCUUCAGUGCCGGCAUCAGCGCCACGGAAAAAUGCGGGCGGUGGCAAAGAGCUUUGGACUUGCUUUACCAGAUGCGGACAACGACACUCGUCCCACAGACUAUAAGUUGGAGCGCCAGUAUCAGUGCGUGUGAAAAAGCCGGGCGAUGGCAGAGAGCUCUGUUCCUGUUGGCAAUGAUGCCUGCAAUACGAGUGGUGUCAGACCAGUUCAGCUUUAAUGCAGCUGUCAGUGCAUGUGAGAAGCGUGCACAAUGGCAGAUGGCUUUACAUCUGUUAGCUGCCAUGAUUUCUACCACUGUAUCACCUAAUGUCAUUAGCUUCAACGCUGCACUCAGUGCAUGUGAGAAAGGUGGGCAGUGGGGGAUGGCUUUGCAUCUGCUCACUCACAUGCAUACUUUCGGUGUCCUACCAAGCGAGAUCAGCCUCAAUGCUUGUAUCAGUGCAUGUGGAGAGCAACGGCAAUGGCCGCUGGCACUGUACCUGUUGUCUGCUAUGCCUACAGCUGACCUUCUACCUGAUGAGAUCAGUUUCAAUGCUGGCCUGCGUGCUUGCGAGCGAAGUGGACAGUGGGCGCUUGCAUUGCAGCUGCUCACGAAGAUGCGUGCUGUUCGAGUCAUCCCUGACCAGAUUAGCCUCAGCACAAGUAUCAGCAGCUGUGAGACAGGUGGACGCUGGCUUUGGGCUUUGCAGCUGUUGUUUGGCAUGCCCUGUCGCCGGCUUGUGCCGGACGAGAUCAGUCGUACUGCUGGCAUCAGUGCCAGUGAGCAAGGUGGACAAUGGGCGAUGGCCCUGCAUCUUCUGUCGGAGUUUUUCCAGGGUAGGCUGGCGCCCGAUCAGAUCAGCAUGAAUGCAGGGAUAAGUGUGUGCGAAACAGUUGGCGAAUGGGAGCUGGCCCUGCACCUGCUGAACUUAAUGUCUGCUAGCAGACACACCAUUGACCAGUUUAGCUUCAACGCUGCCCUUGGUGCCUGCCGGAAAGGCGGACGGUGGCCGAUGGUCUUGCAGCUGCUUGGGAACAUGUUGCAAGCCAAAUGCAUGCCUGAUGUCAUCUCCUUCUACAGCGCAAUUGAGGCAUGCAGCGCACUGUCUCUGAGCCAUGCUCCAGAAUUCAUAUGCGAACUGAAUUCGGCCGCCAUGUCACAGAUUGAAUGGCACCUUUGCCGGUGCAAGCAGGUGGAGUACAGAAGCCUGAAAACAAGCAACUGA